AUGCGAUCGCUGGUAGUCCUGCCUCUGGUCUUGUGCGCAGUGGUGUUUGCUCUUGAGGUGAGGGCUGAUGUUAAGACGGUGAAGCUCUGCGGUCGAGAGUUCCUGAGGGCUGUGGUCUACACCUGCGGCGGGUCCCGCUGGAGGAGGUUCUUCAGUGACUCAGACAUGGAGGGACCUCUGGCAGUGGAGGAGAACAGCGUGGAGAGCGUGAGCAGCAGAAGAAACUCGGCCCAGAGUCGACGAGACAUCAACAACAUACUGACCACCGUGUGCUGCCAGGUGGGCUGCAGGAAGAGUGACCUCACCUUCCUCUGCUGA